AUGCACUUAAUUGUGUUGCUGGCAGACACACAGAGUUCAGCAUCAGAUUUUGACCACACACACAGGCUGGUGUCCCGGAGGAUUCGCAGAGCGGGCUGUCUUGCAGCUGCUGCAUUUUCCACCAGUUAAAUUGACAGUUACCUACUGUGUGGAGUUGCUAGGAGAGGGACAAUAACGAUGGGGGCUCGAGCGACAGAAACAACUCGGGAACUGGAAAGCGCCUCUGUACAGUACCAAAUAGGAGGAGGACAUGCAGAGAAAAUGUGGCAACGACUCAAAGGAAUAUUAAGAUGCUUGGUAAAGCAGCUGGAGAAGGGUGACAUUAAUGUGGUGGAUUUAAAAAAGAAUAUUGAAUAUGCGGCAUCUGUGCUGGAGGCAGUUUAUAUUGAUGAAACCAGGAAACUUUUGGACACUGAAGAUGAACUCUCUGACAUCCAGUCAGAUUCGGUCCCGCUGGAAGUGCGGGACUGGUUAGCUUCUACAUUCACGAGAGAAAUGGGAAUAGUGAAGAGGAGACCUGAGGAAAAGCCCAAAUUCCGAAGCAUUGUGCACGCUGUACAGGCUGGGAUUUUUGUAGAAAGGAUGUACCGAAAAACAUCGAGCAUGGUUGGUUUGGCUUAUCCAGCAGAAGUGAUAGUCACAUUUAAGGAUGUUGAUAAGUGGUCUUUUGACGUAUUUGCCCUUAAUGAAGCAAGUGGAGAGCACAGUCUGAAAUUUAUGAUGUAUGAGCUGUUAACCCGAUACGACCUUUUGAGCCGUUUCAAGAUCCCUGUUCCCAAUCUUAUUUCUUUUGCUGAAGCUCUUGAAGUUGGUUACAGCAAAUACAAAAAUCCCUAUCACAAUUUGAUCCACGCAGCUGACGUUACUCAAACUGUGCAUUACAUAAUGAUUCACACUGGCAUCAUGCACUGGCUCACGGAACUGGAAAUUUUAGCAAUGAUCUUUGCAGCUGCCGUCCAUGACUAUGAACAUACUGGGACCACAAACAAUUUUCAUAUUCAGACGAGGUCAGAUGUUGCUAUAUUGUACAAUGAUCGUUCUGUUCUUGAAAAUCAUCAUGUAAGUGCUGCUUAUAGACUCAUGCAGGAAGAAGAGAUGAAUAUCCUGGCUAAUCUAAACAAAGAUGACUGGAGGGAGUUGCGUAGCUUGGUCAUUGAGAUGGUCUUGUCUACUGAUAUGUCGGGUCAUUUCCAACAAAUUAAAACAAUGCGACACACUCUACAGCAGGCACAGGGGGUAGACAAAGCCAAAGCCAUGUCUUUGAUUCUACAUGCAGCAGACAUAAGCCAUCCAGCAAAAUCCUGGGAACUGCACUACCGGUGGACCAUGGCCCUGAUGGAAGAAUUUUUUCGACAGGGAGACAAGGAAGCUGCUUUAGGUCUUCAAUUUUCCCCACUUUGUGACCGCAAGUCCACUUUGGUAGCUCAGUCUCAAAUAGGUUUUAUUGAUUUCAUAGUAGAACCAACAUUUUCUCUUCUUACUGAUUCAAUGGAGAAAAUUGUUAUGCCUCUUAUAGAGGAAGCGACAAAAUCUGAAAGUCCUGCAUUUGGGACCCUCAGCCAAAACAGUUUGGGAGCAGUAAGCAAUGCUGAAGCACAAAGACGACCUGGGUUUAAAAGUACAGGUGAUGGAGGGACUCACACAGAAAAUUCUCUAGCAACUGUAGACCUAAGGGGCUUCAAGGACAACCUGAUGAAGAUCAUUCAGACAAACAAAGAAAGAUGGAAAGAAUUAGCAGCAGAAGAAGAACUUGUGAAAAAUGUUGGUGAACAGGAAAAAGACCAAAGCAGAAAUUCCAGAGAUGCACAGUUACAGGAAGAGGCAACAAGGACACAAAAUGAGAGUAGUCAGGGAAGUGAUGGUACAACCUGUCCUCCCAGAUCCAUCGUCCUACAAGUAGUAUCUUUCGACACUCCUCUGAGUGAUGAAUCCAGCUCAGAAAAAUGCACUAACUGUGAUCUGAACCAGAAAGAUCUCAGCGAUGCCCAGCAAGAGACACAGAAUGCAGACCCACUGAAUGGUGAGCCUAAACACUGUAAGAAGUCAGAAGAUAUUGUAAAAGCCACGGAGCAGACAGAAGCACUGGUACAGAACUAG